GCACGACAUUCUCAUCAAACUCUAACACACGAUGAAAUUUACACUUGCUGCUGCUCUUAUCUCUGCUCUUGCCCUCCCAGCGUUUUCAGCGCCCGCGGACGUCACAUACGACACUGCGUACACCAAUCCCAACUCGUCCCUUAGCAAUGUCGCAUGUUCUAACGGCGCGAACGGUCUUUUGACCAAGGGAUAUACCACCUUCGGCUCCAUCCCUUCAUUCCCCAACAUCGGAGGUGUUCCAGGCGCCACCUGGAACUCCACGUUGUGCGGCACCUGCUGGAGCCUCCAAUACACCACGCCCAGCGGCGUCCAAACUACCAUCAACAUCACCGCCGUCGAUGCUGCUUACACAUUCAACAUCUCCCCGCAGGUGUUCAAUAAGUUGAAUAAUGGCACCGGCUUAGAGCCCGGCAAGAUUGUGGCUAACGUCACUCAGGUCACCGCGAGCAGCUGUGGCAUGUAG